GGGCAAUCGGAAGUGUGAGUUGAACUGCCAGGCAAUGGGCUAUCGCUUCUAUGUACGCCAAGCUGAGAAGGUCAUUGAUGGCACCCCCUGCGACCAGAACGGCUCGGCCAUCUGCGUGUCUGGGCAGUGCAAGAGCAUCGGCUGUGACGACUACCUAGGCUCCGACAAAGUGGUAGACAAAUGCGGGGUGUGCGGAGGCGAUAACACAGGCUGUCAGGUUGUGUCGGGCGUGUUUAAGCACGCCCUCACCAGCCUGGGCUACCACCGCGUUGUGGAGAUUCCCCAAGGAGCCACAAAGAUCAACAUCACCGAGAUGCACAAGAGCAACAACUAUUUGGCCUUGCGAAGUCGUUCUGGCCGCUCCAUCAUCAACGGGAACUGGGCAAUUGACCGGCCUGGAAAAUACGAGGGUGGAGGGACGAUGUUCACCUACAAGCGUCCAAAUGAGAUUUCGAGCACUGCUGGAGAGUCCUUUCUGGCUGAAGGUCCCACUAACGAGAUCUUGGAUGUUUAUAUGAUACACCAGCAGCCUAACCCAGGAGUCCACUAUGAGUACGUUAUCAUGGGGACCAAUGCCAUCAGCCCACAGGUGCCACCUCACAGGAGACCAGGGGAGCCCUUCCAUGGCCAGCUGCUCCCGGAGGGGAGGAGUCAGGAGGCGGGAGAAGAGAAGGAACGGACUGAGGAGAAGGAAGGCUUGCACGGUGGGGCACCAGAAAUAUUCACCUCGGAAUCUACGCAGACCUUCUCAGCCAGGCGUCCAGAUAGAUUUUCUUCCCACUGGCCGGGCAAUUUGGUGCUACCAGCACCACAGCCCCCACGACGAAGCCGAGAUCACAACUGGAAACAGCUUGGGACCACGGAGUGCUCCACGACCUGUGGGAAAGGAUCGCAGUACCCCAUUUUUCGCUGUGUGCACAGAAACACUCAUGAAGAGGUUCCCGAGAGCUACUGUGACUCCAGCACGAAGCCGACCCCCGAGGAGGAGCCCUGCAGCAUCUUCCCUUGCCCAGCCUUCUGGGACAUCGGGGAGUGGUCCGAGUGCAGCAAAACCUGCGGCCUGGGCAUGCAGCAUCGCCAGGUUCUGUGCCGCCAGGUGUACGCCAACCGGAGCCUGACGGUGCAGCCCUACCGCUGCCAGCACCUGGAGAAGCCCGAGACCACCAGCACCUGCCAGCUCAAGAUCUGCAGUGAGUGGCAGAUCCGGACGGACUGGACCUCGUGCUCCGUGCCCUGUGGAGUGGGGCAGAGGACCCGGGACGUGAAGUGUGUGAGCAACAUCGGGGACGUGGUUGACGACGAGGAAUGCAACAUGAAGCUCCGGCCCAAUGACGUUGAGAACUGCGACAUGGGGCCCUGUGCGAGGAGCUGGUUCCUCACCGAGUGGGGUGAGAGGUGUUCAGCGGAGUGCGGGGCUGGAGUGCGGACACGCUCGGUGGUGUGCAUGACCAACCACAUCAGCAGCCUGCCUCUGGAGGGCUGUGGGAACAACCGGCCGGCAGAGGCCACUCCGUGUGACAACGGGCCCUGCAUGGGCAAGGUGGAGUGGUUUGCUGGGAGCUGGAGUCAGUGCUCCAUAGAGUGUGGCAGUGGGACCCAACAGAGGGAGGUGAUUUGUGUUAGGAAGAAUGCAGACACCUUUGAAGUGCUGGACCCCUAUGAAUGUUCCUUCCUAGAGAAACCCCCCAGCCAACAGUCCUGCCACCUGAAGCCUUGUGGAGCCAAAUGGUUUAACACAGAAUGGAGCAUGUGCUCCAAGAGCUGCCAGGGGGGCUUCCGGGUCCGGGAAGUACGCUGUCUGUCAGAUGACAUGGCCCUAAGUAAUCUCUGUGACCCUCAGCUGAAACCAGAAGAGAAAGAAUCCUGUAACCCUCAAGACUGUGUCCCUGAAGUCGAUGAAAGCUGCAAGGACAGAUACUACAACUGCAACGUGGUGGUGCAGGCCCGCCUCUGCGUCUACAACUACUACAAGACUGCCUGCUGCGCCUCAUGCACUCGCGUGGCCAACAGGCACGCGGGCUUCCUGGGGAGCAGAUAACACCCCCGCACCUACCCAAAGAGCAGAGCAGCAAGUCUGUAAGAGGGUGACUGGCAGGCUGCUGAUCCACCAGGGGCUCCCUGGCCCAGGGCGCUGCCAGCCAAUUUGGUCACCAGCCCCGCCUUCAGUAAAGUGUACACGCGGUGCCCAGGCGCAGAGCCAUCAACUGAGCAUCGCCAUCAACUGAAGUUCUCUCCUUGGGAAACCUGGCAACCUCUAACAGUGCUCUCUGAAAACCAGUCAGGGGGGCGUUCAGGCAGCUCUCAGCCAACCCCUCCUGGCACUUUCUAAGGCAGCAAUUUAGCCCUGACUGGGCACUGCCUCCCCCAGGGGGCUAUUGACCUUUCCAAUAUCAGCACCUCCUGGACAGUCAGAGGAGGCAGCACCCCUACCCCAAGGCCCCACGAAGCCUUGCUGAGAUGCCGGCAUCCCUGUUACCUCAGCCCCGCUGUGCCUGUCCUCUUUCUCAAAGACAUUAAGUUGUUUGCCUGCCUCAUGACACAAACAUCUCAUGUCAUGCAGUGCUUUAUUGUUUCACAGGUAUAUUCACAGAUAUUAAUUCCUUAGCAGCUUACAACACCCCAGAAGGGAGGCAGGGAAUGAAUCGUCCCAUUUUACUAGCAAGGAAACUGAGACUCAUUGACCUCCCAGCCAUAUUCACCUGUUCAGUGGCAGAGCUGAGUCCCAACCCCAAUCAUCGGACCACAAAACCCUGACCCCAAGGCCUGUCCAGAAGUCUUAGGUCUGCAGGAUGCGGCUUCAUUUCAGACCAAGAGUGAGAAUUUCCUAAUUAGCAAACGAAACCCAGGUCUUUGAAUUCUUCCCUCCAACCAAAGGUCAAAACUUUAUCCCAGCAUCAGUUGUUUCAGAAGUCUGUUUCCACCAAUCCCUCCCCCCACAGUCGCAGGCCCUCAUCACAGGACUCCGAAGCUUUCAUUAAGCCCCGUCCUUGAAGAAACUCUCCCCUGAGACCAUAAGGGCGCUGGGUAUCACAGUCAUUGCCUGAAAUUCUGACUUCAUUCCCCAGUGAGAUGUUUUCCCUGGAACCAGAAGUCAGGGUCCCUUUGGCAACAACAGUCCCUUUCUGGUCCCAGAGCAGGUUUCCAGAGCUGUGUGCUCAGCCCCUCCUCAGCCACCCUCCCGGGCUGUUCUCCACACGUGCCUGGUGGAAAGUGUAACCAACCAACACCUGCAAAAACCUCGUUUCUAUUAGAAAGUGUCUCCCUUUGGUCUUUUUGGUUUGAUUUAUGGACUUCUCUCUACUACUUCAAAUCCUUCCUUUCUCACCCAGGACUGACAACCCAUGUCCCGCCCCCCUCCCAGACAUGAGCACUAACACCUACAUUAAUGGAGCCAGUCUGAGAGGAGGGGCUGUGAGCUGCAGUGACAGCUGCAUCAGAGGGCUCUUCCCUGACUCGCCUCACCUAACUCUGCAGCUCCAGGGCCUGCGGGGGUCAGUAGGGGGUGGGGGUACAGUGCCUAUUGAGAGAUGAACUCUUUGAAAAAUCCAUUAAGAAGAAGAAAAUAUAUGUACAUAUUUUUUCUUUUACCCAUUAAGAUAAGUACCAGGCUAAACAAAUUGUAAGCUCUUAGUACUGUGGUCCUGGGCCCAUUUCCCUUUUAAAGCAAGCCUUAGCAAUUGAGUUUCUCCCACGAGCCCUUUAAACCAGAAUCUGCUAAUUAGAUGAUCACUUGCAGUUUUUGGAAGCAGUAUCACCAGUCAGUCUGACACACUCUGUUUCCAGGGAUUCUCUUUGGCUUUCUUGUGGCUGUCCUCUUCCUGGGGAGCCCCAGCACCACUUCCCAGAAGCACCCCAUCUCUCCUGGUUCUUAUGGGACUCCUGCAGAGAAGCAGGCGCGAAGAGGCCCGGCUCCUCCGGCCACCAAGUGUGUCAGUGAUUUCAUCCCGUGCCCCCCCCCCCUUCCUUUCGCUAGAAGCUUUUUGCUUCUAAUCACAAGGGGAGUUUGUCCUUGACGCAGCUGCCCUCGGAGCCUGCUGAACAAGCCAGCCAUCUGCUGGAGUCCUUGCAAGAGGCUGUCUUUACACGUGGGAGGGCAGGUGGGUCAGUGGGUGGGAGAGCAGGAAGGCUGAUUUCACCUCAAAUUAAGGGAAAACCUUGUAGCCAUACCAGCUGCCCAACAGAGGUGUGGCCACCAUCUGUGAGCGCGCUCCACCCGAAGUGGGACCUCUCUGUCGCGUGGGAGGUGAACAUCCCGGUUCCCUCCACCUCGGGAUGCUCAUGAUGCGCUGGUCAGUGGUGGCUUUGUCUCUGACAUCUGACAACGUCCAUGGCUCCCAAAUGCUACCUAACAUUUCUUUAAAGGCACAGCGAUCCUUCCAUGAUGACGGCCAUUGUGGAAUUGGGUCGGGGGAUCUCAUGACUUUGGGGGAGGGGGCAGAAGUACCUAAACUCGGGGGCUUUAUUCUCUUCCAACAAAUAGCUGAGCUAUUCUUGGAAUUCAUAUAUCUCUGGAAAGUUUAUAAAUUACUAGAACGGGGGUUUUAUUCGUUUAUUUGUCUUAGAAAUCCAAUUUUUACUAAUUUCCUAGCUUCUCGUGUCAGCAUCCAAAUGCCUUUGUCCUUAGCACAGCACAUCAGAUAAAGUCCUUUGAUAUUUCCAGUGACGACGACGUGCCUGUGUAGGGAGUCUAAGGAAAGCUCCCCUUUUGGUGGCUCCCUCCCUCCAGAUGUGUCUCCUCGCCCUUUCCUAGACCCUAUGAUUUUGCUUUCUCCUCUGCAUUACUUGCCACCCCCUUCUCAGUCCUCUCCAUGAUCUAUUAACUGGCCACAAGGCAAAACUGAAAUUUACAUUUGAUGGUGCUUUUUUUUUUCUUCUGUGCACUGGAUUGCCUCGUUCUCUGCCCUGAAUUUUAAAAUUAGGUGAAUUUAAGCUGUUACCUGUUUUUCUCACAAACAUCAACAGAGCUCUAAACAGAAAUAGUUUCUCUGCCCUCAGGGACCUGCAGUGUGACAGGAGCUCUCUGAGCUGUUCCCAACUGUGCCUUUGCCUUCUCUGGCCUGGGUUCUUUCUGAGUUUUCCUUUUUCAUUUCCUUGAAUAUGUAUCAUUUAGGUAUCCUCAGAGUGUUCAAUAUUCAGCACUCUUUUUCCUUUAAAACAAAUGGCUUUAUAGAUGGAUGAAAAAAUGGGAAGCAAGCUUAAUUUAUUUCCAUGCAAUUGUGUGGCAGAGAGAGAAAUCCAGAUAUUAUUAAUAUUACUAGUAUCAUGCUAAGGCAAUGUCUUUUUUUUAAUAUGACCAUUUUAGAAUUUAAAUAUCAGUUCUUUAAUGUGGAAGAAGACACAAAUAUAAGUGGUAAAAAGAAAUAGGACUUACCUUAAAACAGGCUUCAUACUCAAACCUGAAGGAACCUAUGCCAGCAUGGCAGGUGGAAGCCAACAUUUGAUCCGUGCUGUGUAAAACAUUGUCAAUGUGGCUGGCGGGGGGAAUAGUGCCUUGCUGGUGAAAUUCGUAGAUGGCAUUGGCAUUGGAGAGCUAACAGCAUGGGUGGCAGGUUCUGGACCCAAAUGAUCGGGGAGACUAUUGACCAGGAAGCAACAUAUAGUCCUACCUUUGGGUUAAAAAAAAAAUACUAUACAAGUACAAGGUGCGGAAGAUAUAAGAGUUUUGGUUGACUAAGCUCAGUGUGAGUCAGGAAAGUGGGAUGGAACCACAACAAAAUUAAACACAAAACACUUGGGCUACAUAAGGAGAAGACGUUGGUGAGCGUGUGCCAUAUUGUGGGGAGUGUCACCUGUGUGUAACAUUCAGCUGAGCGUGCCCAGUCCUGAUGAGCGGUGCAGGCUGGUCAAAACAGAGGAAAAGACUUUAUGAGAAUGUUUAGCCUGGAGUCCUCGGGAUAGCCAUCCAGGAACAGGAGAUAAAUCUACAGGGAGGCAGAUUUCAACUCUUGCAGAAGAGCCGGCUUUCUGCAAGUUAGAGCCUUCAAGAGGUAGAGCCUCUCUGGCCGGUGGUGGUUGACCUGUCGCUGGCGGUCUCAGCAGAGGCUGAAUGGCCCUUUGUCGGGGAUGCUGGAGAGGGGAUUCAAGCACGCAGCUGGGGCAAUAUGACUUAAGGUCCUUACCAAGUCUGGGUUUGGGUGACUAUAAGUAGAACAGUUUUAAAUGGUUCUUCCGGUCUGGAAUGGCCGGUGCAGGCAUGCCUACUUCCCAUUCCUGUGUCUGCAAUUUGGACCCUGUGUCGCACCCCUCCAAGCUCAAUGCAGCCACUAGGAAACUGGUCAGAGCUGCCCUGACUGGUCCUGCUUUGUAGACGAGUAACCAAAUGUCCCGAUGGACAGUUCCAUGCCCAGGGUCACAUGCCUUGAUGGUGGCAGAGCCUCUACUAGACUAGGACCCUCUAAUACCAUCUUUGUUUCUCAAUUCACCUUCCUUUCCUGCACCUUUGCUAGAGCAAAGCAACCCUCUCCACCCCGAACAGUCCCACCUGCGGGUUACAGUGGGAGCCGUCCUCCGUGCUGAGGAACAUGACCGUGAGAGGCUGGGAACUUCCAACCACUUCCUCGCCAUCUUCCAGACUGAGCCCUUCGCCUCAGUGAGAGGAAAGCCAUCCUGUUACAUAACUAACCGCACCUGCCUUGACCCCCACGCCCCCACCAUUCAGUUUGACAGAAGGAUAUACUUUGUUAUAACUUAUUAUUUGUUCUUUGUAAAUACAAGAUGUUUAUAGGAAAUGUGUAUUCUGAACUCUAUUGACAGAAUGAGUCACUACACCAAAAUAGUUCUCUUAUUUAGAAUAAGUUAAUUUUAAAGGGACCUAAUAGGUAUUUAUUUACAUAUGCAAUCCACGUUUGUGUAAAAUCAUUUGAUCCUACUAACCCAGCUUCCUGGAAAGUUGCUACACAACGUCUUACCCUAAGUCCAUAGUUACGAUUUGUAUACUGAUUAGUCAAAUUCCUUGGGUUUUAAGAUGGAAUAUAAAUUACUUGGCUUUUCGACUUGCUCAGGGCUUUUUCCCCCUGGCAUUGUAUCCGUCUAGAUUGCCACCUUUUCAUCUUAAAUAUUUUAUUUGCUCAUAUAAUAUGCCCUCUCUUCAUGCCCAAACACUUGGAAAAGGAAAUAUGAGGGUCUUUCCCUGUCUCCUCUGUCUUGCCUCCUUCAUGAGAGUCACCAGCAGUGAGUUGCGGGAGGCUCGGUUAGAGCCCUGGGCGAAGCAGAGUCUCCCUCCCUGCAGGGCCCGGGGGCAUGAAGAUGCAUUUACUGACCGCCCUGUCUCCGGGCCCCCUGGGCACUGCUGAGUGGGGACUCUGGGCUUUCCUAUCAAUAACUGCAUAGUCAGGAGCAAGGAGCCCCCUGAGUACUCCACUGACUGUGUCACCUUGUGAUGUUAAAUUAUUGUUUAAAGAGGUGGAAUGUGAAGGUGAAUUAUAUGAGUAAGUACCGUCUGUUUUCUCUUCAGCAAAAAGGACAACUAUUUUUGUGUAUGACUAAUUUAUUUUUAUUAUUGUAAAAAUACAAUAAACUGGUU